GUUCACUUGGGCAUCUCGUGAACAGCGACUUUAAAGCUAGCCACUCCCGACUUCCACUCCUGUCAGAUAUUUUGGCCUAUGAAACGCGGGAAGGAUGGGUGUUAAGGGCGUCGACAUGGAGGCCCUAUCGCCAAGAGAUGCGAAUGCUCUGCGGCCUCGGACUAACGACCUGAAGCCAAAAACAACUGCGCAGGUGAAGCCGGCCAAGGAGAAAGAUCACCCUCCUCCGCCUCCGAACAAUGUCACCGAGCCACCAUGCAUCGACCGCAGGGAGGGCGCUGUCUACCAGGUUGGCAAGCUUCUUGGGAAAGGAGGCUUCGCCAUUUGUUACGAGGGGAAGUUGGCUGCGACAUCAAAGCGAUAUGCGCUGAAGAUUGUCAAGAGUCAGAUGCCGCUUAAGAUGGAGCAGAAGUUCCAAACCGAGCUCCAGAUCCACUCAAAGAUGAAGCAGCAAAACAUCGUCCAGUUCCACAGGGCGUUCUCAUUUGAAAACUGCACCUAUCUCGUCCUAGAGCUGUGUCCGAAUGGGUCUCUUAUGGAUAUGGUCAAACGGCGAAAGGGCCUGACGGAACCCGAGGUCCGAUUCUAUUCCGUCCAGAUUGCCGGCGCUAUCAAGUACAUGCACAGCAAGGGAAUCAUCCACCGUGACCUAAAGAUGGGCAACAUUUUCCUGGACAAGCACAUGAAUGCCAAGAUUGGGGACUUUGGGCUGGCUGCAUUGCUUGUCACUGGCAAGGAUAUGCACACGAUUCGGAGAACUACCUUGUGCGGGACUCCGAACUAUAUCGCCCCUGAGAUCCUCGAGAAAGGCAAGAAAGGCCACGACCACAUGGUUGACAUCUGGAGUUUGGGUAUUAUCAUGUUUGCGAUGCUCACCUCAAAGCCUCCGUUCCAGUCUUCCACGACCGACGAGAUAUACCGUCGUGCAAGAGAGCGAGACUACGAGUGGCCGAUAGCAGAAACUGCGCAGAAGUACGUCAGCCAGGAGGCCAAGGAGCUCGUAGCCAGAAUGCUCCAGGACGCAGACAUGAGGCCUAGCCCAGACGAGAUUAUCGAAGAUGACUUCUUCGUCUGCGGCUACAUGCCUGUCCCGUCGGAUAUUACAUCAAAACUCCGCGACUGCCCACCAGAGAAUCCGGCCUUCUACGAGCGCGCUACGAAUGCCCAGAUGAUGGACCAGAACCGCCGCAACCUGGAAGAGAUGUGCUGUGAAUGUGGUGUUGGACCAUGGGGCGGGUCCCAACUGGUGCUUAAAAAGAUAUGGAGGGAGUGCGCCGAGGAGGAACAAUAUGGCCUCACCCCAGCCAUUCCUCUCGCCAAGGGCAUUGUGUACAGGCCUUUGGACGACGUUCGGAACGAACAAAGACUUCAAAGCCGACUCGCAGUCCAGCAGCCCCAACCGCAGCCUCAAUCGUCCCAGCUGGGAGACCGAUCUGAGGAGCUGAGCAACUUAUCCCAAAGUGCGUUCCCACCGAAGGCACCGUCAGGGCUUCUUCGAGCGCCGCCCCAGAGCUUCGCAGCGCAACAGCGAGCACAGAACAAACCAGCAUCAACGUUCGGGAUUCUCCGGACCCAGACGGUGGCUGAGCCCGUGUCCAGGGAUGCUGGCACUUUACGCGCGCGGACGAGGCGUGAACCGGCGGUCGAGGAGAAGACCGAUGCGCCUGCACCUACAUCCAGGGGCAUAGCCCGCACCCUUCGGAAUCACCUCUCAUCCAGAGCUCGAGUACCUUCAGACGGACCCGCCACGCAGUCGGUUCAACAACAGAGCUCCUCGAAGGAGAAGGCCAAGGAAGAACGAACUACUCUGUUCAGUCCCUCGGAGUAUAAAGAAGACGUGCCGGGCACACGGCCCGACGUGGUUCUAGACCGACUGCGAAAGCUUCAGGCAGAGCUCGAACGCGCACUCAACGCGCGCUCUAUGGCGAUAUUGUCUUCGAAGGACAAAACACCGUCGCCGCCUCAUAUCGUCGUGAAAUGGGUUGACUACACAAACAAGUUCGGCCUGGGAUACAUCCUGAACGACGGAAGUGUAGGGUGCAUCCUCCGGAACAUCCCCACACAAGAAGGGACCAAGAGUGGACUGCUGCCGCCAGCAUGCAUGCUCGUCCGCGGAGCGGAACGACACUGUUUACGAAAGGAUGACCCAUCCUACACAGACAGGCAUCAGAUCGUCCCCAUGACGGAGGGAAUAUACUUCUACGAGAACAACGGCGAGGAGGGUCUUUCUCGUGUGCGAGUCACGCCUGAGAUGUUCAGAAUACCAAUGAAUUCUGACGGCACGGUCGGCAAACUGUCGGCCGGCAAGGAUAUCUACGAUCACCGCAAACGAGAGCGAAUCGUGCUCUGGAAGAAGUUCGCCAAUUACAUGAUCGCGUACGGACGGGAAAUCGAAGGACCAGAACAGGCAGAUGAGCAGGCACUUCAGGUGCCAACCAUCACGGAUCCUACUGCCGCUCCGAGCGAUAUCGUCACCUUUUAUCAACGAUUCGGGGACGUCGGCUGUUGGAUGUUCUGCGAUGGGCACAUGCAGUUCAACUUCCCCGAUCAUACCAAGAUCGUCCUAGACUCGACCGGAACAUGGUGCCACUUCUGGCACCUCCCCCAAGAAGCAGCGAAGCGGCUCGAGGAGACGGGGUCGCUGGACGAGUCGGCGCUGGAUAACAGGACGGUGCUCUCGUAUCCGGUGCAGACGCUCCUCAACUUCUCGACGGUGCCGAAGCAGCCGGUGCAGCGGGCGGGCGGCAGCCGCAGCGCCAGCGCCACGACGCGGCGGCGGCCCGAGAUCAGCCCGGAGCUGCGGGGCAUACCGGCGGCGAACCAGUUCCGGCGCAAGGUCGAGUUCGUGCGCGACGUGAUGCGCGAGUGGAGCGCCAACGGCGGCGUGGGCAACAGCGACAUGAGCCGCGCCGGCCGCCUGCGGUGGACGGGCGUCCGCGAGACCCGCAACGUCGCCAUACCGGCCAAGCACGUCUGGGUCAGCAUCGGCGCCCGAUGGGGGGACGAGCGCCUGUCGGCGUACGUGGACCCGCGGAACCCGGCGGAGCUGGGGCCGGAUAUCGACGAGGGGAAGAAGCAGGGUAAAUAAUUAAAGGGGGUGUGGGGGGCGUGUGUGACUGC